UUUUUCGCAAUGUUUUGUUUUCCUUCUUGCAUUACAUCAAGUUUUCUCACCCACUUCAGCUCACUGAGCUGAAGGUAUUGAGUUUGAAAGCUCAACCCAUCCCAUGGCACAACCACUCACAACGAUUCGCCAAAAAGCUCGCUCUCUUCCACUACACACCUGGGUACGAGCCACAAUGAUGGUCUACACUAGCCUGGCUCACCCGUCUGCGAUGGCUGGAGUUCAGUGGCUCGUCCGCUCGACGCGAACAGUCUGAGUUUAACUUUCUUGCGUUGCGUACACGUAAGCCGGAGCACCAUCUCCGGCCACCAUCGUCAUCGUCACCGCAGGCUGUGUGUUACUGUUGGUUGUUACACCUGAGCGGUGGAGGGUUUUCCUGCUGCGAGCUGUUGGGGAGCUCUUACUGGCUGGAGAAAAAUGUUUCAAUACUAGUUUUUUUUUGCUGCGUUUCAUCCAUUGCAUGUGUGAGUGUAAUUAACGGCAUUUUAUCUUUAGAAAUAAAGUUCAACAGUGAAACAGGAAUGGUGGAGAAAGAGUUAAGAAGAGCUGAAGUAUAGAAAGUCAAGAUACCCGAAGAGUGUACCAGAGAGAAGAAGAAAAAGAAGGUUUGAAAUCGUUUAUGAAAAAGUUAAGCUUAAAGUGUUGAUCACAACAAUUAACUACAAAUCAAUCGUGUGCUGAUGGAUUACUGAGCAAUCAAUUGGAGGAUUAUACUACUGAUCAGUUCAAGUACUGCGAACAGCCUAAUCUGGGUCGUGGAGCACCCUUGAGCACUUCAUCGCUUCGUGAGUUCCCCUCUUGCGCUUACGCGAAACUUCGUCGGAACCAGGCGCACUCAUCUACCCCAUCGAUCAAAACUAAAGUCAAUGUGGCGACAAGAUGGUUAUCGUUACACGGGGUGAUUACAUAUGGAUCGAGCCCGUGUCCGGACGUGAGUUUGAUGUGGCCAUCGGGGCUCGGGUCAUCUCGGCCGAGGGUCGCCGGAUCCAGGUCCGAGAUGACGACGGCAACGAGCUGUGGCUUACGCCCGAGCGGCGCAUCAAAGCCAUGCACGCGUCGUCCGUGCAGGGCGUGGAAGACAUGAUCUCGCUGGGGGACCUGCACGAGGCCGGAAUACUGCGCAACCUGUUGAUCCGCUACAAUGACAAUUUGAUCUAUACAUACACUGGGUCCAUCCUGGUAGCGGUGAAUCCCUACCAGAUUCUACCGAUCUACACUGCUGAUCAAAUCAAGUUGUACAAGGAGCGCAAGAUUGGUGAGCUGCCGCCGCACAUCUUUGCCAUAGGUGACAACUCGUACGCGAACAUGCGUCGCUAUGGACAGGAUCAGUGUAUCGUAAUCUCAGGAGAAUCCGGAGCCGGUAAGACGGAAAGCACGAAGCUCAUUCUCCAGUAUUUGGCAGCCAUCAGUGGGAAACACUCCUGGAUUGAGCAGCAGAUUCUCGAGGCGAAUCCCAUUCUCGAAGCGUUCGGUAACGCAAAGACUGUGAGGAACGAUAACUCCUCUCGGUUUGGCAAAUACAUAGAUAUCCACUUCAACAACUCAGGAGUAAUUGAGGGAGCGGAAAUCGAACAGUACCUCUUGGAAAAAUCUCGAAUAGUAUCGCAAAACGCUGAAGAGCGAAAUUAUCAUAUCUUCUAUUGUUUGCUGGCUGGACUGUCCUCCGACGAAAAACGAAAGCUCAAUCUUGGACACGCCUCCGAUUAUCGGUACUUGACUGGUGGAGGAUGCAUCAAAUGCGACGGCAGGAACGACGCAGCUGAAUUUGCGGAUAUUCGAUCAGCAAUGAAGGUGCUCUGCUUCUCUGAUCAUGAAAUUUGGGAGAUUCUGAAGCUGUUGGCUGCACUACUUCACACAGGAAACAUCACGUACCGAGCAACCGUAAUUGACAAUUUGGAUGCGACAGAAAUUCCCGAACACAUCAACGUGGAACGAGUAGCGAAUCUAUUGGAGGUUCCAUUUCAGCCAUUCAUCGAUGCAUUAACUCGAAAGACCUUGUUCGCCCAUGGUGAAACGGUAGUGUCUACGCUCUCCCGGGAUCAAUCAAUGGACGUACGGGAUGCCUUUGUGAAGGGUAUCUACGGUCGGUUGUUCGUCCUGAUUGUCAAAAAGAUCAACUCUGCCAUCUACAAGCCAAAGUCAUCGACCAGAAGUGCAAUCGGCGUGCUGGACAUUUUCGGUUUCGAGAACUUCAAACACAACAGUUUUGAGCAGUUUUGCAUCAACUUUGCCAACGAAAAUCUGCAACAGUUCUUCGUGCGACACAUUUUCAAAUUAGAGCAGGAGGAAUACAACCAUGAGAGUAUUAACUGGCAGCAUAUCGAGUUCGUAGAUAAUCAGGAUGCUUUGGAUCUGAUUGCUAUUAAGCAACUGAACAUUAUGGCCCUAAUCGAUGAGGAGUCAAAGUUCCCCAAGGGAACAGAUCAAACAAUGCUGGCGAAAUUGCACAAAACGCAUGGAACUCAUCGAAACUACCUGAAACCCAAAUCGGACAUCAAUACUAGCUUCGGUUUGAACCACUUCGCAGGAGUGGUGUUCUACGACACUCGAGGUUUCCUAGAGAAGAAUCGCGAUACGUUCAGCGCCGACUUGCUGCAACUCAUUUCAAGCUCAACCAACAGAUUCCUACAGAUGGUGUUCGCCGAGGACAUCGGUAUGGGUGCGGAGACUCGGAAACGAACUCCAACACUCUCGACUCAGUUCAAGAAGAGUUUAGAUUCUCUCAUGAAGACCCUAAGUUCGUGUCAACCAUUCUUCAUCAGGUGUAUCAAGCCAAAUGAGCUGAAGAAACCGAUGAUGUUCGAUCGGGCAUUGUGUUGUCGACAGCUGCGAUACUCUGGUAUGAUGGAAACCAUCCGUAUCCGACGUGCCGGGUAUCCAAUCAGGCACAAAUUCAAAGACUUCGUUGAGCGGUACCGCUUCCUCAUUAGUGGCAUUCCACCAGCGCACAGAACCGACUGCCGGUUAGCAACGUCCAAAAUUUGCGCUUCCGUACUGGGUCGUUCAGAUUACCAACUGGGUCACACCAAAGUGUUUCUGAAGGACGCCCACGAUCUUUUCCUAGAACAGGAACGAGACCGUGUACUCACGAGAAAGAUUCUCAUCCUACAACGCUCGAUUCGAGGAUGGGUUUACCGAAGACGGUUCCUGCGUAUGAGACAAGCGGCCAUCACAAUCCAGAAGUUCUGGAAGGGUUACGCACAAAGGCAGCGCUACAAGAAGAUGAAGAUCGGUUACAUGAGGUUACAGGCGCUGAUUCGAUCACGAGUUCUGAGUCAUCGUUUCCGACACUUGCGCGGGCACAUUGUACGACUGCAAGCGAGAAUUCGUGGAUACUUGGUACGUCGAGAAUAUGGUUUGAAGAUGUGGGCCGUGAUAAAGAUACAGUCACACGUGCGAAGAAUGAUAGCUGUGAACAGGUAUCAGAAGUUGAAGUUGGAGUAUCGACGACACCACGAGGCUUUGCGGUUGAGGCGAAUGGAGGAAGAGGAGUUGAAGCAUCAAGGUAACAAACGUGCGAAGGAAAUUGCAGAGCAGCACUAUAGGGAUCGGUUGAAUGAGAUCGAGCGGAAAGAAAUUGAGCAGGAGCUGGAAGAACGGCGUCGGGUUGAGGUCAAGAAGAAUAUCAUCAACGACGCAGCCAGGAAAGCAGAUGAACCUGUAGAUGAUAGCAAGCUGGUGGAGGCAAUGUUCGACUUCCUUCCAGAUUCUAGUAGUGAAGCUCCAACUCCGCACGGUGGUCGCGAGACGUCGGUGUUCAACGAUCUGCCAGUGAAUCAAGACAAUCAUGAAGAUAUUAUUGGACCAAUCCACACAAUUUCCGAAGACGAGGAAGAUCUUUCCGAGUUUAAGUUCCAAAAGUUUGCUGCAACGUACUUCCAGGGCAACAUCACUCAUUUCUACUCUCGGAAACCGUUGAAGCACCCGCUCUUACCUCUGCAUACUCAAGGUGACCAACUAGCCGCACAAGCUCUAUGGAUAACAAUACUUCGGUUCACCGGAGAUCUACCAGAGCCCCGCUACCACACUAUGGAUCGAGACAACACUUCGGUUAUGUCGAAAGUCACUGCUACUCUAGGUCGUAAUUUCAUCCGAAGUAAAGAAUUCCAAGAAGCUCAAAUGAUGGGACUUGAUCCGGAAGCGUUCCUCAAGCAAAAACCUCGUUCCAUUCGGCACAAACUCGUAUCGUUAACACUGAAACGUAAAAACAAGCUUGGAGAAGAUGUUCGACGUCGUCUCCAAGAUGAAGAAUACACCGCUGAUAGCUACCAAUCGUGGCUGGAAUCUCGACCAACGUCAAAUCUAGAAAAGCUUCAUUUCAUCAUAGGCCAUGGUAUCCUUCGAGCAGAGCUUCGCGAUGAAAUCUACUGCCAAAUCUGCAAGCAACUUACGAAUAACCCCUCGAAGUCCUCUCACGCCAGAGGCUGGAUCCUACUUUCCCUCUGCGUUGGAUGCUUUGCCCCUUCGGAGAAAUUCGUCAACUACCUGCGUUCGUUCAUCCGAGAAGGUCCUCCCGGGUACGCCCCGUACUGUGAGGAACGCUUGAAGCGUACCUUCAACAACGGAACCCGAAAUCAACCCCCAUCCUGGCUGGAACUUCAAGCCACCAAGUCCAAAAAACCCAUCAUGCUUCCCAUCACCUUCAUGGACGGCAACACGAAAACCCUGCUGGCCGAUUCAGCUACUACGGCGAGAGAGUUAUGUAAUCAGCUGUCCGACAAGAUCGCCCUCAAAGAUCAAUUUGGUUUCUCGCUGUACAUCGCACUAUUCGACAAAGUAUCUUCCCUCGGAAGCGGAGGAGACCACGUAAUGGAUGCAAUCUCACAGUGCGAACAGUACGCCAAGGAGCAAGGUGCUCAGGAACGGAACGCUCCGUGGCGGUUGUUCUUCCGGAAGGAAAUCUUCGCUCCGUGGCAUAACCCCAUCGAAGAUCAGGUCGCAACGAAUCUGAUUUACCAGCAGGUGGUUCGAGGAGUCAAGUUCGGUGAAUACCGUUGCGAUAAGGAAGAAGAUCUGGCGAUGAUCGCGGCGCAGCAGUACUACAUUGAGUACAAUACGGACAUGUCCAUGGACCGGUUAUAUACCUUGCUGCCGAACUUUAUUCCCGAUUACUGUUUGACCGGCAUAGAGAAGGCAAUCGAUCGUUGGGCUGCACUCGUACUGCAGGCGUACAAGAAAAGCUACUACCUGAAGGACAAGGCGGCGGCUUUGAAGGUAAAGGAGGACGUCGUCAGUUACGCAAAGUACAAGUGGCCUCUGCUGUUCUCGAGAUUCUACGAAGCGUAUCGUAAUUCCGGCCCAAAUCUGCCCAAGAACGACGUCAUCAUCGCAGUCAACUGGACCGGUGUCUACGUAGUCGAUGAUCAGGAACAAGUGCUACUGGAACUAUCCUUCCCAGAGAUCACGGCCGUUUCGAGUCAAAAGACGAACAAGGUAUUCACGCAGACCUUCUCCCUGUCUACGGUGCGCAAUGAAGAGUUCACCUUCCAAAGUCCGAAUGCGGAAGAUAUCCGAGAUUUGGUAGUGUACUUUUUGGAGGGUCUGAAAAAACGCUCAAAGUUUGUGAUAGCACUGCAGGAUUACAAAGCCCCAGGCGAGGGAACCAGUUUUCUAUCAUUCCUGAAAGGUGAUUUGAUCAUCUUGGAGGACGAAAGUACCGGCGAAAGUGUCCUUAACUCCGGUUGGUGUAUCGGCUGUUGUGAACGCACACAGGAGCGAGGAGACUUCCCUGCAGAAAUCGUCUACGUCCUGCCUUCACUCACCAAACCUCCACCGGAUAUUCUGGCCCUGUUCAGUGUUGAAGACGCACAUCACGGAAAGCGCCUGAACUCGAUCCACUCAAACGGUGGUACCGAGACCCGCGAGCACCCGCACACACUAGCUGACUAUUCGUUGGACCACUUUAGACCGCCCCCAAAACGCACCAUGUCCAAGGCGCUCAGUACCCUCAGCUCAAAACGCGGAGGUGACGAACUAUGGCGCUACUCCAGGGAACCGCUCAAACAACCCCUCCUGAAAAAGCUUCUGGCAAAGGAAGAACUGGCCGAAGAAGCAUGCCUAGCGUUCAUUGCCAUCAUGAAGUACAUGGGAGAUCUGCCAUCGAAACGACCACGAAUUGGCAACGAAGUCACCGAUCACAUCUUCGAUGGUCCCCUCAAGCAUGAAAUUCUCCGCGAUGAAAUCUACUGCCAGCUGAUGAAGCAACUUACAGACAACCGUAACCGAAUGUCGGAAGAACGUGGUUGGGAACUGAUGUGGCUAUCAACGGGCUUAUUCGCCUGCAGUCAACAACUACUAAAAGAACUAACCGUGUUUCUCCGAACACGUCGCCAUCCCAUAUCACAGGAUUCGCUCCACCGCCUGCAGAAAACCAUCCGGAAUGGUCAACGAAAGUAUCCACCGCACCAGGUCGAAGUGGAAGCCAUCCAGCACAAAACGACCCAGAUAUUCCACAAAGUGUACUUCCCUGACGACACCGACGAAGCGUUUGAGGUGGAUUCGUCGACGCGAGCGAAAGAUUUCUGCCAGAACAUUUCACAGCGGCUGAACCUGCGGUCCAGUGAAGGUUUUAGCUUGUUUGUAAAAAUAGCCGACAAGGUGAUAUCAGUGCCAGAAGGAGACUUUUUCUUCGAUUUUGUGCGUCAUCUGACCGAUUGGAUCAAGAAAGCACGACCGACGCGGGACGGUACGAAUCCACAGUUCACGUACCAGGUGUUCUUCAUGAAGAAAUUGUGGACCAAUACGGUGCCCGGGAAGGAUAAGAAUGCGGAUCUGAUAUUCCACUACCAUCAGGAGCUGCCCAAGUUGCUGCGGGGCUAUCACAAGUGCUCGAAGGAGGAAGCCGUGAAGUUGGCGGCGUUGGUGUAUCGAGUGCGAUUUGGGGAGAGCAAACAGGAGCUGCAAGCGAUACCGCAAAUGUUGCGAGAAUUGGUCCCAUCAGAUCUUAUCAAACUACAAACAACCAACGACUGGAAACGAUCCAUUGUGGCAGCGUACAACCAGGACGCCGGAAUGUCUCCCGAAGAUGCUAAGGUCACCUUCCUGAAAAUUGUAUACAGAUGGCCCACAUUUGGUUCGGCAUUCUUCGAAGUAAAACAAACCACGGAACCCAACUAUCCGGAAAUGCUUUUGAUUGCCAUCAACAAGCAUGGCGUCAGUUUGAUCCAUCCAAGCUCAAAGGACAUUCUGGUGACCCAUCCAUUCACCCGUAUCUCCAACUGGUCUUCGGGUAAUACCUACUUCCAUAUGACCAUCGGAAACCUGGUGCGUGGCUCGAAGCUGCUGUGCGAAACAUCGCUGGGAUACAAGAUGGACGAUCUACUCACCUCGUACAUAUCCCUGAUGCUAACCAAUAUGAACAAACAGCGAACAAUUAGGAUUAAGUAGGAGAACUCCGGUGGAUAGCCUCAAUCAAUCGAUGAAGCAGCCGCAAAGCAAGCAGCUCAGAAUUUGGUUAGACGUUUAAGUGCAACACAAUCUUUUUUUUUUGUUUUAAAAUUUAACGAUUCUUUCGUUAAAGGCUUAUGAGUAUUUAUUUUGUUUUGAGCUUUGCUUUUUGUUUUAGCAUGCAAAGGCGUAAAAAUAUUUAACUAGAACUGUUAGAAACAAUUGGUAAUUUAAUUGCAUAACUGUAAAUGAGAAUCACUUUCUUUUCGUCCCUAAAUUGAUAUUAGAGCAUAUUUUGUCACAGCUUGACUUGAGAAGCUAAAAUGAAAAAUGAAUAUCGUGGAACCGUUUUGAAGUUCCUGCUAGGUAUCAGUUUUGUGACAAGAAUUCUCAUAAAAUCUUACAAUUUUCCUUCCAUAAAAGCUAAAGCCAUCACUUCUUUCCGUAUCAGUUUAGUCGCAAACCACACAAUGCUAUUAUUUAUUCACCUUUCACAGUUUAUCUGUCCCGCUUCAAAUGUAGAGUUAAUUUUCUGUGUUGGUUCUGUAAAGUCGGCAGUCUCAAGCUUAUUGUUUUAGGUUUAGGUUCUAAAGGCGGUGCAGCAAUUAUGAGAAAAAAAAAGAUAGUCGUCAAAAUUUCAGCUCCUUCCGUGCCAACUGACCGUUGUUGCUAAUGUGAGUUUAUGAGUGGAUCAAGCGAUGAUAGAGCGAAUAACAGGGAGAGAACGAUUGAGAGGCAGUUGGAUUAAGAAGGAGUCAAGGUGUUUUUUUUUUUGUCUAAGAUAGGAUAAUAUAUUUUUGUAAUUUUAUUAGUAUUUUGUUAUUCAUAACUUCGUAACUAUUAUCGAUAAAUGAUCAAUAAACAAUCAUACAUUGAAAAUGUA